CAGAGAAAGAGGUAGAGCUAGAGAGAGAGAAAGUGAGCUUUAGACCGAGAGAGACAGCGAGAGAAGAGAGAUAGAGAGAGAAAGCGCCAAAAAGAACACGAACACGAGACGAAGGAGAAGAACUGAAAAUGGUCAUGUGAUUGUUGCUUUGUGCGAUUGAAUUUUAGAUCUUUAAGGAAAAAACCAAUUUACCCUUUGUUUUCAAUCCGCUGUUCGUGUAUUUGAUCCGGUUUCGGGUUCUUUUCACUCUUGCAUUGUUCGAAUCAAGCACAGAUCUAGGGAUCAGAUUAGGCAAAAAAAAAAAAAAAAAAUCAGUAACUUCUUCUCCUGAUGUAGUAGUUACCAACUACACGACUUUCUCCUCUGCCUCCCGGUAUCAUCUAGUGUUUCUCUUUCCUAGCCAAAGGAUCUGUGGAUAGUGAAACUGAUCACUGAUCUUACUAGAUUCUGAGCAGAUUUUGGGUUUGAUUCUUCUCAUUGGGUUGUGAGAGAUCAGAAAACCUUUGUUCAUGUCUCGUAACCCAGUUGAAACCCAAAUGGCUGUAGCAGUUUUCAACAGUCCCUUAGGAAGGGAACACCAUGCGAACAACGGAAUGGAAUCAACUAAACCUUCAGGUAGGCGACGUGUCUUUGUUCAAACCGAAACUGGUUGCGUCUUGGGAAUGGAAUUAGAUCGAAGCGACAACGCCCACACAGUGAAGCGAAGGUUACAAAUUGCACUCAAUGUUUCAGUUGAAGAAAGUUCCCUAACCUUCGGUGACAUGAUUCUAAAAAACGACCUCAGUGCAAUUCGCAACGAUUCCCCUCUUCUUCUAACAAGAAACCUAAACCUACUCCACCGAAGCUCUUCAUCUCCUUGUCUUUCACCCACCAGUAAAGACAUCCAACAACAUAAUGGAGAUCGCAGUGGGCCCAUUGAGAUUUUAGGCUUUUCUACUCGAAACACAAAACAACUCGUUAAAGAAAUUGUAAAAGCAAUGAACACCGGCGUUGACCCAAUUCCAGUUCAAAGUGGACUCGGAGGUGCUUACUAUUUCAGAAACAGCAAAGGCGAAAGUGUAGCGAUUGUGAAACCAACCGAUGAGGAGCCAUUUGCACCGAAUAAUCCGAAAGGGUUUGUGGGUCGGGCAUUGGGUCAACCCGGGUUGAAACGGUCUGUUCGGGUUGGUGAAACCGGGUUUCGUGAGGUGGCAGCUUAUCUUCUUGAUUAUGGCAAUUUCGCAAAUGUUCCACCUACUGCGCUUGUGAAAAUCACUCAUUCCAUUUUCAAUGUUAACAAUGAUGUAACUGUAAAUGGGAAUAACGAAAACAAGAUGAAGAAACAAUACAGCAAGAUUGCAUCUUUUCAACACUUCAUCCCUCAUGAUUUUGACGCGAGUGAUUACGGAACAUCGAGCUUCCCUGUGUCUGCGGUGCACCGGAUUGGGAUUUUGGAUAUACGGAUUCUUAACACGGACCGGCACGCAGGGAAUCUGCUCGUGAGAAAGGUUGACGGGAGAUUUAGUCAAGUUGAACUCAUACCCAUUGACCAUGGUCUUUGCUUGCCGGAAAAUUUAGAAGAUCCGUAUUUUGAAUGGAUUCAUUGGCCACAAGCUUCGAUUCCUUUCACAGAUGAAGAGCUUAAUUACAUUCAACAACUUAAUCCAUAUCGUGAUGCUGAGAUGUUAAAAUCUGAACUUCCGAUGAUUAGGGAGGCUUGCUUACGUGUCUUGAUAUUGUGUACCAUUUUUCUCAAGGAGGCGGCGGCGUAUGGGCUGACGUUGGCGGAGAUUGGGGAGAUGAUGAGUCGGGAGUUUAGACGUGGUGAAGAGCAACCGAGUGAGUUUGAGUUGUUGUGUCUUGAGGCACGGCGGCAGGUAGUGGCAGAGAGGGAAAAGGAGGUGGUGGCGGUGGCGGGUUUAUCGUCUCCUAAAGUAGAGGAAGAUGUAUUCCAGCUUGACAUUGAUUUUGAUGAUUUAGGGUUUCCUUUUCACUUUGGGAGAAACGGAAACGGAAACGGAAACGGAAACCCAUUUUCUAAAUUCCAUGAAACGAUUGAAGAAGAGGAAGAAGAAUUUGCCGGGGAGGUGGUUCCGGCAAGUGUGAAGAUAAAGGCGGAAGGGAAAAAAUUGGCGGUGGUGAACACAUCGUCCGGACACAGGAGUGCGUCUGAGCAGCUUCCAGCGAGUGCUACUUUUGUGAAGUUGGGGGAGAUGAAGGAGGAUGAAUGGGUGGUGUUUAUAGAGAAGUUUCAGGAGGCAGUGUUUCCGGCGUUUGUUAACCGGAAGUCGGCGGCGAAAGGGCAGAGGCAGUUGCAGAGGCUGGGGACUUCUUGUCAGUUUUGAGAGUAUAUUAUAUAUUUAUAUAUUAUAUAAUAUUAGUAUGAGCAGAGGUGAAGGUUGAAUAAUUUGAGAAUUAAGGAGUGGAUGGUAGUCGGUAUGCUAUGUAAGUAUUGUUGAAAGAGCGACAGUGAGGCUUUGAUUUAGGAUAAUGUUAAGUUUUUUUUUUUUUUUUUUUUUGCUUUCACUCUUGUGGACAUGUUUCAUAAAUAAUAUGUAGUAUGAAAAUCCAAAAGAGUUUGAAAAGAAAGAACUUUUGUGAAUA